GGCUUAAUGAUACCUAAAAAUACUAUAUACGAAUGGAGUAAAGUUAUCAAACAGAGAAGCUGGACUUUUCGUGAUAAUUUAUCGGUUGGCUCAACCAACCAUUUAAUCAAUCUAUUAAAUGAGAUCUUUCAAGCAUCUCAUUCUAAUGCCAAUAUUAAUCAGAAGAUUAUAACUCCUACUAAAUCCGUUCAUUCAAUAACAGAUGUACGUUUAAAUGCUGGGUUUCAUUUUCUAUAUUGUAAUCAACAGAAUAUCGUACUUGGACAUGAUGGAUAUGAUAAUUAUCAAGCACCAUGGGAUAUAGAUAAACAAACAUCUAUAUUUCUUAGAAGAAUGUGGGCUAAAGGGAUGAUUGAGUUUAAACAACAAGAUAUUACAGGAGAAAGUAAUGAAUUACUUCAAUGUAAAGAAACCAUUGAGUCAGUUCGAGUAAUUGAGGGCUCAGUACUUGUAAAUAUUAUCCGAAAUUUCACAUACGGUGAACAAGAGGUACUUAAAGAAGCUAGAACAUUAGUAUAUACCAAUGAAUUAUAUAAUGCCAAACCAUCAUCAUCAAUAUCUACUAUACCUCAGGCUGAAGUGGAAUAUGAAACAACAAUCAAAUUAUCCAGUGAAUAUUUACUACGAUACAGUAUGCUCACCUAUAAUCUUCACAAGAUUCACUACAAUAAAUCAUAUUGCAUCAAUAUUGAGAAUUUACCUACCACUAUAGUUCAUGGACCAUUUAUGAUUACGCUACUAAUGCAUUGGAUCCACCAAUUAAAGCCUGGAUUGAAAUUAAAAUCUUUUAAGUAUCGCAAUUACGAACCUGCUUUUAUUAACGAAGAUUUAACAUUAGCCAUACUACGUACUACAGACGCGUAUAAGUAUACAUUAGUGAUUUACAAUAGAGAAUUGGGUAAGAAAUAUAUAGAAGGCACAUUGUUAGUGAGUUAGUUGGGUGAUAUGCAGGCCGUUCACGUGCGCUCUCAUCAUAAAGUGCCGCACCAGAUAGUCUAGCCAAGAUUAAGUGCAUGUGAUAAUAUCUGGCUGGCAAAUAAAGGGCACGUGACGAAUAUCAAUCCAACGUGUACUGGUUGCAAUAUUGUAUAUAGAUAUUAAUGUAAAUAGUGAGUAAGAUCUAUGGGCUGUGGCACGAUGUCUGUCUAUUAUGAAUUAUAAAUUAUACUAAACCG